AUGGACCAGAUUGAAAAGAUCCGAACAAGUUCAGCAACCGACUCGGCUUCGUCGGACUCUGAAAUCUUACCACGUGAACCAGUGUUCUCGCUUUCUGGGUAUACCAACUUGUCGGAAGCUCUGAAAUUUAUCGCAAGCGAAGCAACCCCCGAGUAUGCCCUUUUCGUCGAUAUCCCAUUGAAGUGGGGCCAACGAAUCCUUGAACGGCUGGAGAAGGACGAUGGUAAGAUCUUUGGCCGAAAGUAUAGGUAUACUUGGAACUCUCACGAAAGAACACUUCGGCUCUCGAUGCCUUCACCCAUCCACGAAGCAGUGACAUCUUGGUAUUUCCAGAUGACAUUGACAUGGGUUAGUAAUGGGAUUAUCACCCUCGAAGAAGCGAAAGAGGCUACGCCUUCAACAAAUACCCCAUUCACCAUGCCAGCAUCCCCGUACCAACAAUCUACCAAGAUCCCAGAUGUCGCCGUCACGCCCGAUGACGGUCAGAGCUUACCCUCAUUUGUCAUAGAGGUAGGGUGGACCGAACCCAUGACGGCACUGCAAGCCGACAUGGAGCUCCUGCUGUGCGGGAGCGAAGGACAAAUCCAGAUGGGGCUUGUCGUCAAGUGGUACCUCCAGAGGCGGACCGGAACUGUACGAGGGACUGCAUGCCUUUGGGCGUUAGAUGCUUAUGGACGACUGACGAAACAACAGGAGGAGGUAUACCAUCUUCCCACGACAUCAAAGUGGGCCUCAGGUGCUCAGCCUCACUCGAGGCCAGUUGUGGCGGGGGUCUUUGGACGCGAUGCGUAA